AAAUCAGUCGACUUAAAAAUCUGCGUUAAAGGUGUUUGGAGACGCCAGUCUGUUUGUGUAAACUACACAUCCCAGAAUGCACCACGGCUUCAUAGUCCUUUUGUUGCCGGAACGCUAGUGGAGAAUGCUAGGACACAAUGAUCCUCCGAGCAGGAAGGAGACUGGAGACCAAACUCAGGUGGAGGAACAGCAGUCGGAGAAAAUCAUCUUAAACUCUGAUGAAUUUUUCCCGAACUGUUCCCCAGUGGCAGCUCGGUUUCUCCAGGCCGAGCUGGAACUUAGUGCCUGUCUGCGAACUUUGACCUUCAGGGAUCCGGUGCGUUAUAUAUACAACCCGCUGGAGUACGCGUGGGACACACACCGUCUCUAUGCUGAGAAAUACUGCCACGGGAGACAGAGCGUCCUGUUCCUGGGGAUGAACCCGGGACCGUUCGGCAUGGCACAGACCGGAGUUCCGUUUGGUGAGGUAAAGGCCACCCGCGAUUGGCUGAAGAUCUGCGGUGAGGUGGGUCAUCCUCCUAACGAGCAUCCGAAACGUCCAAUCAGAGGCUUUCUCUGCUCUCAGAGCGAAGUGAGUGGCGCGCGGUUCUGGAGUUUUUUCCAGCAGGUCUGUGGAGAACCGCAACACUUUUUCCGUCAUUGUUUUGUCCAUAACCUGUGCCCUCUGAUGUUCAUGACCGAGACGGGGAGGAACGUGACCCCCCCCGAGAUGCCUGCUGAAGACCGGGAGGCCCUGCUGCUCCACUGCGACGCUGCGCUGUGCCAGGUGGUACGUGCCCUCGGUGUUUCCAUGGUGAUCGGAGUGGGCAAGGUGGCAGAGCAGCGAGCUCGACGUGCCCUCGCUGAAGCCGGAGUGGAGGUGAAGGUAGAGGGUAUCAUGCACCCUUCACCCCGGAACCCACUGGCUAACAAAGGUUGGGCUUCUGUGGCUCGAACCAAGCUGGAGCAGAUAGGGGUGUUGGAUUUACUCCUCAAGUGACUGUAUACUGAUAGAAUGUUUUUAUUUGUAUAUAUUGUUUUAUAUAAAGUUACACUACACUCACUGCAUACUUUACAGUACAGUUAAUCAGACGAGGCACGACCGGGGUCUGAUACUCUCUCCAUGGAUAAAAGAGCUAACAAGCACAGAAGGUCCUUCAGCAUCAGACUCAAUGUUUUAAACCCCAGCGUCCAGCUUCGUUCAGCAUCAGACUCUCUCAGAGCCUGGGAAGGAAGAAAGAAAGAAAGAAAGAAAGAAAGAAAGAAAGAAAGAAAGAAAGAAAGAAAGAAAGAAGCUAUAAAAAAGAAAAAACUAAAAAUUCAAAUAAAAAGUUAUAAAAAAGGAAAGAAAG